AUGGGCGCUGGAAAACCGCAGCCCCCGGAGCAAGGUAAUAUUCAGAACUUUGACACCAACCUGCCGUGGUUGAGCAAGCCUGGCGGACGAGGCUGGGAGCCUGAUGGCCAAUGCAGACCAUACGUCAGGCUACCUGUGCCGGGCCAGGGUUCGCGACGCAAGCCAGGGAGCGGCGUGGCGGCCGCUAAACACAAUGGCGCACGGCAACAUCCUCAGGGUCCUGCAGGCAGGCCUUUGCCGUACCGCAGCUCGGUGCUGCUGUGCCGUGUCGCUGCAGAUGCCCAGACGGACACGGGCACUGACUGCAUGGUGGCACACGGUGAUCCUGCCGGACCUGGCUGUCUUGUCACCCUCGACCGUGCGGCGUGCGACGUGCCCGCGUUAAGACGCCGACCCGAGCACCGGGCCCCAAACGUCCCCCGCGUACGCCAGGCUUCGCUGGAGCCAUCCUCCACCUCCGCGCUCCUCCAUAAUAUCCCGCAUCUCCAAUGUAUAUGCUCACUGGCCGUGCGCUCAUCUGGCUCUCCACCGCCUAUCCUUGGGUCACCCUGCGAGCCACCCCUCAUUCCCAUCCAUGUGCCCACGGGAAACUGCACCGCCGAGCGCAAACGGCAUGACAACUUGCUGAUCCUAGACCGACGACCGCCGUAACCCGGCGUGUUUGGCGGACUUGUGGGCCCAUGAAGAGGGGGUCACACACCUGCCUGCCCUUAUCUCAGGGCU